CUAGCAGUACUCCAUGCUCCGUCUUAGCGGCCAUAUUGUCGUCCAUCCUUGCAAGCCGAACAAUACGGCGCCACCUGGCCCUAGCGCAAUUGGUUCAAGCCAGAGUCGAAUCUGCUGCCUAUUACUAUUACUCGCACAUAACUGGACUCAGAGGGCUGUACACGUAUGCGGCUGCACCAUGAUUGGCCUACCCCAGCAUUGCCUGCGUGCUAAUAUCGGGAUUUGAUGUGGUCCCGAGUGAAAGUUUCAUGUUGAUGGUGCUCGCAUCGCUUCGAGAUGUACACGAUUGAGGCACGGGGGAAAGAUUUGUUCUUGGAUAUGCGCAGUUGAAGCCAGAUUGCAAAGAGCUAGGCAGUGCUAUUACGGGAAAUUAAGGUAUGCCAUCGAAGUUUUAGCG